AUGUCUUCUCCCAAUCCUGGCCGUUUGUUGGAUUCUUUUACGGCACCCAAGGAAAUUCUGCAAGAAUUCGCCGACCUUGCGGAAGAAGAAGAUGUCGACCCGUUUGCUGAGACCGCCUCAAAACGGCAAAUCGCUGCCCGCCAAUCUGACUACCACAACAGACGGUUCGGUCGUGUCGCAGUCGACAGUGCCGACGCUUUCGCCCAGGGUGAAGAUGGGGGAGAGGUUGAGGGAGGUUAUAAGGAUGCAAUGAGGCUCGCGAGGUUGGAGCAGGAGGAAGCCAGGGUGAAAAGAGCGAUCGAGGAGAAAGAGAGGAGAGAGAGAGAAGAAGGGAAGCUGAAGAUGGAUCUGGACAAGACGCCCCCUGCUUCUGAGCUUCAAGAUGUGGAGAUGGAGAUUAUGGCAGCGAAGGAAUUGGCUAUGUCGAAGGAGGGGGCCAGUGCAAAGCGGAAACGUCGCUGGGAUGUUGAGGAACCAACUGAUGAAAACGUCGACCCCAAUGGGCGGGACACUGGAGAAUGGUCGAAGGAAGCCCUUGAAUCUUCGGCUCCCAAGAAGCGUCGGUCACGGUGGGACGCGACGCCUGCGGAUGUCAAUGUCGGAGAGACCCCCAAACGCUCGCGUUGGGAUCAAGCACCUUCGACAAAUGGCGCAGAGCAGCCCAUGCAGCAGAUCAUCAUGAACGCGCCUGGUUUAAUGCAAGAGGACAAACAUAACCGAUAUCUCUCAGACGAAGAACUCGAUGCAGUCCUUCCCUCAACUGGUUAUUCCAUUGUCACACCACCACCAGGAUACGCUCCAUUGGUUGCCCCUCGCAAGUUCCUACCCACUCCCGUGACCGAAGUUGGAGGCUUUCAAAUUCAAGAGAGCUCUGACGCCGCCGCCAUAGCUGCUGCCGCUGGACUCGCUCCCGAAUUGCCCACCGAGAUUCCAGGCGUUGGAAAUCUUGCAUUCUUCAAACCCGAAGAUGCGGAGUAUUUCUCCAAGAUUCUGAAGGAAGAAGACGAGACAGAACUCACCGUUGACGAGAUGAAAGAGCGCAAGAUCAUGCGGCUGCUUCUCAAAAUCAAGAACGGCACACCACCGGUUCGGAAAACGGCGCUACGUCAAAUAACUGAUAAGGCUCGCGAAUUCGGUGCAGGCCCUUUGUUCGACAAGAUCCUUCCCUUACUCAUGGAGCGCACGUUGGAGGACCAAGAGCGCCACUUGCUCGUCAAAGUCAUUGAUCGCGUGCUAUACAAACUUGAUGACUUGGUUCGUCCCUAUGUCCAUAAGAUUCUCGUCGUCAUCGAACCUUUACUUAUCGAUGAAGACUACUACGCUCGCGUCGAGGGACGAGAAAUCAUCUCCAACUUGUCCAAGGCUGCUGGCUUGGCGCAUAUGAUCUCCACCAUGCGUCCCGACAUCGACCAUGCCGACGAGUACGUUCGCAAUACUACAGCUCGAGCCUUCUCGGUGGUGGCUUCUGCUCUUGGUAUACCGUCACUCCUUCCUUUCCUCAAAGCCGUAUGCCGGUCUAAAAAAUCAUGGCAGGCUCGUCACACGGGGAUACGUAUCGUGCAGCAAAUAGCCAUUAUGAUGGGUUGUGCUGUUUUGCCUCAUCUGCGUAACUUGGUCGAUUGUAUCGCCCAUGGGUUGUCUGAUGAGCAGCAAAAGGUCAGGACAAUGACGGCCUUGGGUUUGGCCGCCCUUGCUGAAGCAGCUGCUCCGUACGGUAUAGAAUCCUUCGACAAUGUCCUCAAACCACUCUGGCUUGGUAUCCGUUUACAUCGAGGCAAAGGUCUAGCCGCCUUUUUGAAGGCUAUCGGCUUCAUCAUCCCGCUUAUGGAUCCAGAAUAUGCCUCGUAUUACACUAAAGAAGUCACCGUCAUCCUCAUUCGAGAAUUCCAGACAUCGGACGAAGAGAUGAAGAAGAUCGUCUUGAAGGUCGUGAAGCAGUGUGCCGCGACUGAAGGUGUAACGGCGCAGUACAUCAAGCAGGAUAUCCUCCCCGACUUCUUCAGGGCCUUUUGGGUACGCCGAAUGGCGCUGGAUAGACGAAACUACAAACAGGUUGUGGAAACCACCGUCGAACUAGCGCAGAAGGCAGGAGUCUCAGAGAUUGUCGGCCGCGUCGUAAAUGAGCUAAAGGACGAAGCCGAACCCUACCGGAAGAUGGUGAUGGAGACAAUCACGAAGGUUGUCGCCACCCUUGGGGCAUCCGAUAUCGACGAAAGACUAGAAGUCAGGCUAGUUGACGGCAUCAUCUACUCCUUCCAGGAGCAGACAACUGAAGAUCAAGUUAUGUUGGAUGGUUUCGGUACUGUUGUGAACGCAUUGGGUAUCCGUGUUAAGCCAUACUUAACACAAAUCGUUUCAACUAUCCUGUGGCGUUUGAACAACAAGAGCGCCAAGGUCCGACAACAAGCUGCCGAUUUGACUACUCGUCUCGCCAUCGUCAUCAAACAAUGUGGGGAAGACCAACUGCUCAGUAAGCUUGGGCUAGUUCUCUUCGAGCAACUUGGUGAAGAAUACCCCGAUACUCUUGGAAGUAUCAUCGCGGCUGAGGGUGCUAUCGCGAACGUUGUUGGUAUGACCCAGAUGAACCCACCCGUCAAAGAUCUGUUGCCCCGCAUGACUCCUAUCCUUCGUAAUCGACACGAGAAGGUGCAAGAAGCUUCAAUCAACUUGAUUGGCCGCAUCGCUGAUCGUGGUGCUGAAUUUGUUCCUGCCCGGGAGUGGAUGAGAAUAUGCUUCGAAUUGCUUGAUCUGCUCAAGGCACACAAGAAAGGCAUUCGUCGCGCCGCUGUAAACUCAUUUGGCUACAUUGCCAAGAGUUUGGGUCCUCAAGACGUGCUUUCCGUUCUGUUGACGAAUCUCCGUGUACAAGAACGUCAGAGUCGUGUUUGCACGACCGUUGCCAUCGGCAUCGUGGCUGAGACUUGCGGCCCCUUCACAUGCAUACCUGCGAUUCUCAACGAAUAUCGCACGGCCGAACUGAAUGUUCGAACCGGCUGUUUGAAGGCGCUCUCAUUUGUAUUCGAAUAUGUCGGACCGCAGUCAGCGUACUACUGCGAUUCCGUCGUCACGAUGCUUGAAGAUGCCCUCACCGACCGCGAUCUCGUCCACCGACAGACUGCUAGCACCAUCGUCAAACAUCUUGCUCUCGGUGUCGCGGGCCUCGGCUGUGAAGACUCGAUGAUGCAUCUGAUGAACCUUGUAUGGCCAAACUGUUUCGAAACAUCACCCCACGUUAUUGGAGCGGUUAUGGAUGCUGUUGAGGCCAUGAGGGUAACCCUGGGACCCGGUAUUCUGUUGAGUUACGUACUGCAAGGACUCUUCCAUCCCGCAAGGAAGGUCCGGGAGGUUUAUUGGCGGGUAUACAAUGCUCUAUAUCUGGGUGCACAGGAUGCGUUGGUUCCUUUCUAUCCCGACCUUGGCGAGCUCAGCGAGGGUCAGAAUGUCUACGACAAGCAUCCUCUCCAGAUGUUUAUCUAG